AUGGCUCCCCUGGAUCACCCCGAUCCAUCGACAAACAAAAGCUCCCUGCUUUGGGCCUACCACCUCCGUCAAGAGAAUAUACAUCUUGUAAAUCGAAUCGAUUGCAUUGGAUUAGAUGUUGUUACUGCCAACGAGACGACUCUUGCAGUCCAGCAGAACUGUUCCAAUCUCGAAAGGAGUGUCGAGAGAUUGGAAAAGGACAAUCGUGCGCUCAGGGAUGAAAUCAAGUCCCUGAAGGAAAACCUUUCCAAAGCUACCGAUCUUGCUUUGCAGAUUGGAUCGAAAAAAGAUGAUGAGACGACGGAGCUCCGAGCUAGUAUCGAAUCACUGAAUUUGCGUGUCAAAGCCAUCGAAGACGAUGGCGCUGAGCUACGAGCCGGUCUCAGCAAUGUUGAGAACAAAUGCGCAUUGAUUGUCCAGAAGCAUAUCGAAGCAUCGCGCGGGCCUCUUGAGGAAGUGAUACGCUACUCGCAAGGGGAUGCAGGGAGAGAAUUGUCUCAGGAACCUGCAGAUACGAGACGCAAUCAACAGUAUGAAAACGCCGCAGGUUUGAAGAGGCCAUCCUGUGUCAGCACCGCUUUGUCAGAAGAUAUGCAUUGCGAGAAUCCGGAAAUGAGUGUUUCUAAGCCUCAAGACAAUCGAGAUGAGUCAAUAACGAUGAUUCCCGACUCAAUGCCUUCACAUGGCUCGAUUCUUCCAUCUCCACGACCGCUGUCAACUCAGCCAGUAACUGGGUUACAAAAUGUAGAUACCAGGACCAAAUCUCCACUGCUGUCAAAGCCUUUAUCCCAGAAGUUGACCGAGAAUCAAAACCAAAGUCUCGAAUGCGACCUCGAAGGUUUAAAGCAGAACGAAAAAAGCCUUGCUGAAUAUUUUUUAAUGGCAGAACGCAUUCGAUCACAGCUUCCUCGACGGAAGCAAGAGGGUGUCAUCGUGGAGGCGUUCUAUGAAGGUCUUAGGGAUGGGAAUAUCAAACUGUCCUUGGAACGAUCCCUGGAGGGAGCUGGAUGGACAUGGAGCACCCUGGAGAUGUUCUGUCGACAGCGUUCUGCACGCAAUAAAAAUAUUAUAAACGCAAUGCAAGAGGCGACAAAAGGGGUUGUACCAUGGCCAGAGUAUGGCAAAAGGAAAUCAAAGAAAAGAAAGAGGCACCAUAUCUCCAAGCGUCCGCUUGGAGAGGAUAACGACAAUUGA